GGCGGGGUUAAGCAGCAGCUAAACCAAUCGGAAGACUGUUGAAAGACGGGCGCGGACUUUCAAAAACCAGUAAAAUGGAGGCCGAGAUUCAGUCACCGGACGCGUUUAAAACUCCGUGUAAACCGGCGAAGAUGAAGAGUCCAGUUAGUGCAUGUGGAACCCCGGUCACUAUUCCAGCAUCUCCGUUUAUGAAGAAGCUCGGCUGUGGCACUGGUGUGAGCGUCUACCUCAUGAACAGAAAUGGAAAACAGACUCACUCGCCCUGGGCCGUUAAGAAGAUCAACAGCAAGUGUGCAAAGACUCAGAAGAACGUGUACCAGAAGCGGUUGUGUGAGGAAGCAAAGAUCUUAAAGGAACUGCAGCACCCAAAUAUUGUUGGCUUUAGAGCGUUCACCACAGCGAAGGAUGGCUCGAAGUGUUUGGCGAUGGAGUACGGAGGGGAGCAGUCUCUCAAUGACCUGAUUGAAAAGAGGAGAGAGGAGGGCUUACAGGCUUUCCCAGUUGCCACUGUUGAAAAAGUGGCUCUUCAUGUAGCUCGUGGUUUGCAGUAUCUGCACAAUGAGAAAAAGCUUCUGCAUGGAGACAUGAAAUCCUGCAACGUCGUCAUAAAAGGCGACUUUGAGACCAUCAAGAUCUGCGACGUCGGAGUUUCCCUUAAGUUAGAUGAAAAUAUGCAAGUGAGCGACCCGAAGGCCUACUACAUCGGCACAGAGCCAUGGAAACCCAAAGAGGCGCUGGAGGAUGGACUAAUCACCGACAAAGCAGACAUCUUUGCGUAUGGCCUCACCCUGUGGGAGAUGAUGACUCUCUCUGUGCCUCACCUAGAGAUGCUCGACAGCGAGGGUGACUGUGAUGAUGACGACUCGUUUGAUGAGGACGACUUUGAUGAGGAUGCGUAUUACGAGAAGCUGGGAACCCGACCUCCGCUGGACGCAGCCACUCUGGGCGGCGCCUACCAGAAGAUGGUGGAGCUUUUCUGUCUCUGUACUGAGGAAGAUCCCAGCAAAAGACCUUCAGCUGCUCACAUCGUUCAGGCUCUGGAGUCCAACAGCCAGCUGGAUGAUAAACGCAGUGAGGUGAUAGUUAUAGAUUAACAGCUGCUCACGUGUCUGAUGGAUUUUCCGUAGUCUUUUCUCACUGUACUGUCUGUCUGUCCUUGUUUGAGUGUAACUUCUUUUCUGUCCUAUUUUUAAACCUCUCUCUAAAUCUAUAUAGAAUUCACUCUACAGCUAUCACCUACAACUUUAUUAUUGAUUUUACUGUAUGUAGAUUUAGACUUGUGUUCCAAUUAUUAAACAAUUCUUAAUUAAAUAA